AUGAGUGAACAGUCGCCAAUUGGAAACGACUCACGAGUUGACGGCGUCAAUGUCAAUGAUGGUGUCAAUGUUAAUAUCAAUAUCAAUGACAAUAAAGCUGACAACGACACCAAUAAUGGUUCGGGUUCUCCUUCUUCUUCCAAUACUAACAGUCCAACGACCUCCACGGCCGCAUUUUUACAGUUAAUUGCCUCUUUGUUUGAACUCUCAAAGGCUGCUAAUGAGGCCUCCAAGGCUGCUGUUGAUUUCUUCAACGUUGUUGAUGCCAAACCUCAGUACAUGGCCCCUCCUCUAUUCGAUCAGAGUCUUUUAGCUCCGCAACCACAACAUAUGCAGCAGGGUAAUGGUGCUACUGGUCUAUCGCUUUCUUCUGGAGGUCAACCUCAGCAGAUCGUCGUUGACGUUCCUAAGAAGAAGAAGAAGUACAGAGAUCCCAACGCUCCUAAAAAGCCUUUAACUUCGUUUUUCUUGUAUUCCAACUUUAUGAGAGACGUGAUCAUUAAGGAACGGAUGCGUAGUGGUGCAGAUCCACUUUCGCAACCUCAGAUUGCUCAGGAAACUUCCCGAAGAUGGAAAAUGAUACCUGACCACGAGAAAAUGGGCUGGAAGGAGUUGUACGAAGACCAGAAGAAGGAUUAUGAUUUGGAGCUCAAGAAGUAUAACUUGGCCAAGGAAACAGGACAACCCUACACCGCACCAAAGAGAAGAGACAACGUUGCUCCAAGUCUUUAUGGUAAAAAGAGGUUGUUGGAUGAAGAUAUGAAGAGAAAGGAUAAGAAGAAGAAGAGAAAGGAAUGA